UAGUCCCCGGUCUGGAUUCUUUUGCAAGGUAGGGAGAGACAAGGCUGGACACGAAUUUUGCCAUAUUACGCUCAAUAGUGAGAGACACCAGCUAGCUACUCGUAGAAGCUAGUAAGAAAAAAGGAUUCAUCUACGAAAAGACAGCCACUCCCCAAUUUUGGUGGACAUACCUCUAUUUAGCAGUGUUGAAGAACAUAUAUCGGGCAUGCGAGCGAGCAGAUAAUCCGAAGGAGAGAAUGGACGACCGGUCAACCUGAGAUUCAACUGGGGGAAACCCGACAUCCCAUUUUCUAGGUAGAAAGUACAGAUUUGUCGGGAUUAAAGCAAAUGGGACGCACUGGGCCUCGAGUCUGAGUGAAGGGAACACAGGGGCGACGCUAAAAACAAAGCAUUUUCUAUACAACAUGUCGGUCUUAUUUUUUUAGCUAGCUAGCUACUAGUACACGUCUAGAUAGCAAGUUGGAGACUGGGACUUCAGUGCUCCAAAAUUGGCCAAAUAAGUAUUUUUCGGUUGCGCUUGAAGGGGGCAGGGUUAGCUCGAUUUCUUCUCCCAUACUAACUCGGGGAGCGAUUCUUCGGCGAAGGGAGUGGUAGCUAAUUGAUAGAAAAAUGUCAGCGAAGGUGCGCCUGAAGAAGUUGGAGCAAUUGCUAGUGGACGGAACUCCAAAUAAUGCAAGUUCACUGAGCGUCGAGACCCUUCUGGAUAUAUUGAUAUGUUUGUACAACGAAUGCAGCAACUCUCCUUUAAAACGGGAGAAGCACGUGACAGACUUUCUGGAAUGGGUGAAGCCGUUCACCACAACCGUGAAGGAGAUGCGUCUGCACAGGGACGACUUCGAGAUGCUCAAGGUGAUCGGCAGGGGAGCAUUUGGCGAGGUUGCGGUGGUGAAGAUGAAAAACACGGAACGCGUGUACGCCAUGAAGAUCCUGAACAAGUGGGAGAUGUUGAAGAGAGCCGAGACGGCGUGUUUCCGCGAGGAGAGGAAUGUUCUGGUGAAUGGAGACUGCCAGUGGAUCACCACCCUACACUAUGCCUUCCAGGACGACAACUUCCUGUACCUGGUGAUGGACUACUAUGUGGGCGGUGACCUCUUGACCCUGCUCAGUAAGUUUGAGGACCGUCUCCCAGAGGACAUGUCCAAGUUCUAUGUGGCAGAGAUGGUGCUGGCCAUCCACUCUAUACACCAACAACACUAUGUCCACAGAGAUAUCAAACCAGACAACGUGCUGUUAGACAUGAAGGGUCAUAUCCGUCUGGCCGACUUUGGCUCCUGCCUGAAAAUGAUGCAGGACGGCACGGUCCAGUCAUCUGUGGCUGUAGGCACUCCGGACUACAUUUCCCCUGAGAUCCUGCAGGCCAUGGAGGACGGCAUGGGCAAGUACGGUCCAGAGUGUGACUGGUGGUCCCUGGGGGUCUGUAUGUACGAGAUGCUCUACGGGGAGACGCCCUUCUAUGCAGAGUCCCUGGUGGAGACCUAUGGCAAGAUCAUGAACCACGAGGAGCGUUUCCAGUUCCCCUCAAACAUCUGUGACGUGUCGGAGGACGCCAAGGACCUGAUCUCGCGCCUAAUCUGCGGCCGCGAGCGUCGCCUGGGCCAGAAUGGCAUCGGCGACUUCAAGGAUCAUCCCUUCUUCGCCGGCAUCGACUGGGAACACAUCCGCUCCACUGAGGCGCCCUACAUCCCCGACGUCAGCUCCCCAUCUGACACCUCCAACUUUGACGUGGACGACGAUAUUCUUAAAAACCCGGACAUCGCUCCUCCAGUCACACACAGCGGCUUCACCGGCCAGCAUCUGCCCUUCGUAGGCUUCACCUACACCACGGACAGCUGCUUCUCGGACCGCGGCAGCGUCAACAGGGCCGGCCUGUCCGAUAGGAGCUCCCAGGAUGGGGGAGGAGAAGAAGGGGUUCCCCCGGACCAGGAGGGGGGGCUGGAAGUGGAAGCCUUUGAGAGGAGGAUCCGCCGGCUGGAGCAGGAGAAGCAGGAGCUGAACCGCAAGCUGCAGGAGUCCACUCAAGCAGUGCAGUCUCUCCACGGGCCGGGCCGCGGGGCCAGCACCCUGGGCCGGGACAAGGAGAUGAAGAAGCUCAACGAGGAGAUUGACCGGCUCAAGAAGAAACUGGCAGACUCUGAUAGGCUGGAGCACCAGCUAGAGGAGGCGGUGACUCUGCGCCAGGACUACGAGAGCUCCUCCUCCAAGCUGAAGGCCCUGGACAAACAGGUUAAAGCCCUAAGACAGGAGAAGGAGGAUAUCCACAAGCAACUGGUGGAGUCCCUGGAGCGCCUCAAGUCCCAGACCAAGGAGCUGAAGGAGGCCCACAGCCAGCGGAAGCUGGCCCUACAGGAGUUCUCUGAGCUGAGCGAGCGCAUGGCCGAGCUGCGUUCCACCAAGCAACGCCUCUCACGCCAGCUCCGCGACAAGGAGGAGGAGAUGGACGCUGCUGUGCAGAAGGUGGACGCCAUGCGUCAGGACAUCCGCAAGACCGAGAAGGCCCGCAAGGAGUUGGAGGCCCAGUUGGACGAUGCCAAGGCAGAGGCGUCUAAGGAGCGAAAGCUGCGUGACCAUAGCGAAGUCUAUUCUAAACAGCUGGAGAUGGAGCUUGAAACCCUCAAGGUGAAGCAGCAGGGUAGCGGGCGUGGGGCCGGAAGCAGCAGCCCAGAGCUGCAGCAGGAACUGUCCAAGGUGAAGUCUGAGCUGGACAAGAAGGUGCUGUUCUACGAGGAGGAGCUGGUGCGCCGCGAGGCCUCCCACACCAGUGAGCUCAAGGGCCUCCGGAAGGAGCUCCACGACUCAGAGGGCCAGCAGCUCUCCCUCCACAAGGAGCUGCUCAUGCUCAAGGACAAGCUGGAGAAAGCCAAGAGAGAGAGACAAACUGAGACAGAUGAGGCAGUGGGCGCUCUAAAGGACAAGUACGAGCGUGAGCGCAGCAUGCUGACCGAUGACAACCGCAAGCUGACCACAGAGGCUGACAGGCUGUGUACGUUUGUGGACAAGCUGACUGCUCAGAACCGCCAGCUGGAGGAUGAGCUGCAAGACUUGGCCUCUAAGAAGGAGAGCGUGGCUCACUGGGAAGCCCAGAUCGCUGAGAUCAUCCAGUGGGUGAGUGAUGAGAAGGAUGCCCGCGGCUACCUGCAGGCCCUGGCCUCCAAGAUGACUGAGGAGCUGGAGUCUCUCCGCAGCUCCAGCCUGGGCCCACGACCCCUGGACCCCCUGUGGAAGGUGCGACGCAGCCAGAAGCUGGACAUGUCGGCCCGUCUGGAGCUGCAGUCGGCCCUGGACGCAGAGAUACGGGCCAAGCAGCUGGUCCAGGAGGAGCUUCGCAAGGUGAAGGCCUCCAACAUCUCCUUCGAAAGCAAACUGAAGGAUUCAGAGUCCAGGAGCAGAGAUAUGGUAGAGCAGCUGGAGAUCAUGAAGAAGGACUUGGAGGAGAGCCGUUCCCGCUCAGACAAAGGUCUGAAACUGCCCGAUUUCCAGGACUCCAUUUUUGAGUACUUCAACACCUCUCCACUGGCCCACGACCUGACGUUCAGAACCAGCUCUGUCAGCGAGAUAGAUGCCACGCCCCAGAAGUCAGACGUCCCUUCCUCGUCGCCCUCCGUGGCCUCUGAGCAGGAUGAGCCAGUCCUCAAGCCCACUGCUGUUACCCCUACUGUCCCCUCCCCGGUCUAUCCAACAUCGCUGCUGACCACACCAAAGCCCAAAGCUCACCAGCUGAGCAUCAAGACCUUCUCCAGCCCCACCCAGUGCACGCACUGCACUUCCUUGAUGGUGGGUCUCAUCCGCCAGGGCUACGCCUGCGAAGUGUGCUCCUUCAUCUGCCAUGUAUCCUGUAAGGACAAUGCCCCCCAGGUGUGCCCCAUACCCCCUGAGCAGGCCAAGAGGCCUCUGGGCAUCGACGUACAGAGGGGCAUCGGCACCGCCUACAAGGGCUUCGUCAGGAUCCCCAAGCCCACGGGGGUAAAGAAAGGCUGGCAGCGGGCGUACGCCGUGGUGUGUGAUUGUAAACUCUUCCUGUACGAGGUGCCUGAGGGCAAGUCCACCCAGCCAGGCGUGGUGACAAGUCAGGUCCUGGACCUGAGAGAUGAGGAGUUUUCCGUCAGCUCUGUCCUGGCCUCAGACGUCAUCCACGCCACCCGCAAAGAUGUCCCCUGCAUAUUCAGGGUGACGUCGUCCCUGCUGAGCUCGCCGGCGGGUGCCGUCUCCCUGCUGGUGCUGGCUGAGAGCGAGGUUGAGAAGAAGAAGUGGAUGGGCAUCCUGGAGAGCCUGCAGAGCAUCCUGGCCAAGAACCGCUUGAGGAACCGUGUAGUGCAUGUCCUGCACGAGGCCUACGACUCCUCGCUGCCCGCUAUCAAGACCACGCUCUGCGCCGCCAUCGUCGAUCGAGAGCGUAUCGCCCUGGGAACAGAGGAAGGUCUGUUUGUAGUGGAGGUCACCAGAGAUGUGAUCGUGCGGGCGGCCGACUGCAAGAAGGUGCACCAGAUGGAGCUGAUCCCCAAAGAAAAGAUGAUGGCCCUGCUGUGUGGACGCAACCGACACGUGCACCUGCACCCCUGGGGGGUGCUGGAGGGGGCCGAGGCGGCCUUCGACAUCAAGCUGACAGAGACCAAGGGUUGCCAGGCACUGACCACGGGCGUGCUACGCCCCGGGGGACCCGCCUGCCUGCUGGCCGCCGUCAAGCGCCAGGUUCUGUGUUAUGAGAUCACCCGGGCCAAGCCACACCACCGCAAGCUGUGGGAGGUGCAAGCCCCGGGGGUGGCCCAGUGGCUCGGCAUGGUGCGCGAGCGCCUGUGCGUGGGAUACCCCUCAGGUUUUGCCCUGUUGGCCCUCCAGGGCGAGUCGUCGCCCGUCAGCCUGGUGAGCCCCGGGGACCCGUCGCUAUCCUUCCUUGCCCAGCAGCCCCUGGAUGCGCUGCACGCCCUGGAGGUGGGCACGACUGAGCUGUUACUCUGCUUCAGCCAGCUGGGUAUCUAUGUGGACCCCACUGGGAAGAGGAGCAGGGCCCAGGAGCUGAUGUGGCCUGCCACGCCGCUCGCCUGCAGCUCCAACUCCUCCUACCUUACGGUGUACAGCGAGUAUGGGGUGGAUGUGUUUGACAUACACACCACUGAGUGGGUCCAGACAAUUUCAUUGAGGAAGUUAAGGCCUCUGAAUGUGGAGGGCAGUUUGAACCUGCUGGGCUCUGAACAACCGCGCCUCAUCUACUUCAGCAACAACUCCACAGAAGGUGACCUGGCCAUCCCUGAGACUUCUGACAACAGUAAGAAGCUGAUGGUGAGAACGCGUAGCAAGAGGAAGUUCCUCUUCAAGGUCCCGGAAGAGGAGAGACUGCAGCAGAGGAGAGAGAUGCUGAGGGACCCUGAGCUUAGGUCCAAGUUGAUCUCCAACCCAAUCAACUUUAACCACGUGGCACACAUGGGCCCCGGCGACGGCAUGCAGGUCCUCAUGGAUUUGCCUCUGAGUGUGAUGCAUUCUUCUCAGGAUGACCCGGCCAAGGACAAGCCCCGCCCACUCUCCAGUAUCUCCCGGCAACAGAGGAGCAUGAGCCACAUCACCCGCACGGCCUCUGGAGGUGCAGACUUUGGAGGAGCAGGAUCGUCUCGGAACAUCUCCGACCCAGACGGGGACUUUGAGAGAGAGCCGGACUCCGACUCCACCAAGCACUCCACCCUCUCCAACAGCUCCGACCCCAGCAGCCCUCCCAGCCCCAACUCCCCCCACCGCAGCCAGCAAACACUGGACGGCCUGGAGCACACCCUGGACGGCUGAGGACCCCACCCACCCACACACACCUGACAUACACACACACACACACACAAUGCGUGCUUAAUCACUCAACACCUACAUUCGACAGAGAACUUGUGUAUCGCUGCAAAGUGCCAAGAACAGACUUUGUGGACAAAAUGCCACCGCUGAAGCCUUUUCUGCGUGUGACGAGCAUAGACCCUCCCCCCCCCAAAAAAGUGAGGGGCACAUGGUUAUUUGAAGCUAACGCUAAAAAAAAAAAAAAUCAGCCAGUAUAGAUUUGUUUUUGUUUUUCUUCAUUUCAGGCCAUACAUGUUUCCUAUGAGUUAAGGUUAUUAUUACUUAGUUGAAAUGAUCAAUACAUAUAGGUGAGAUGGGGCUGAAUUAAAAACAGAGAUUACUGAUGGGGGGGACUCACAGAAAAAGCAUUAAUGAUGAACUGUCCUAAUCAUAGGUAUAAGUUUGUUUUAAAAAAGAAAACAAAGACGAGAGGGAAAUAACUGUUGUUUUUAAAGCGUAUAGUAUUUUACACGGACAUGUUGAGCUCGAACUUGGCGGACACUAAACGGAACGGUGAAAGAAAUGGCGGACUUUUUCAAGAACCAUAACCCCCCCCACACACACACACACACACACACUUCCCAGCCCUUUCUGUACUGUCGUUGUAAACCUAUUGAGCUGUUCCCAGACCAUUUUGAGAGCUGUACCUUCCCAGGAGACGAGCUGCCAUUCAAUUCAACUGACUGCAGGGGGUUUUAGUGUAAAGCUAAAUUAGUGGGCAUAUUUUACAGCAUUUACAUCUCCUGCCAGCCUUUGUAACAUGCGUUGUUUUUAACUUUGGAUCUUUUGCCAGAAAAACGUAUAUAGUUGGCGCCAUAGCAACCAGAAAUAGAAGAAGAAAUGGAAACAGAAUCAUGAGACUUUAAUUUCUCGAUACGCGGUUUUAAGUGGUGGGAAUCUGAACAUAGCGAAAAGGACCACAUUACUCAUAGGAUUAUUAAUAAGAGUCCUUCACAAGCUGCUGCUGCUUUCGUGUGCUAUGUUUAAAUAAAUAGGUAUGUGUGUGAAGACCUGCUCACUAUAGAGAGAAACCCCCCCCCCCCUGGCCAAGGCCCUCGCAUUUUAAAUCGUUCAAUCAUGAGAGUGGGAAGCAUUAGUGGUGGUGUACAGUCAUAGCGCCGUACCGCCACAGGGGGGUGUCUGAAUAGUUUUUUUUCCUCCAGUGUGGGAUGUUUCAUUGUACAGAAGUAUGAGAUACAGUACAGGCAUGUGUGGCAUAUCCAGUUUAAUCACUCUAGUGUGCCUUCAGUGCCAUUUUUUGUUUUAUAGUACCUCGUUCAGAUCAAUUCCCGAAGUGAUUUUAAACCUGCAGGCUAUCGGUGAGGGGGGGGGUCCAGAAACACUGUAUUAAACUUGCACAUGUUUUAGUCCAAGGAAUAUCAUCUUUUGAUUUUGUCAGUGAUCGUUCUCGUUCCUUUUAUUCUUCCCGGACUUCUGUUCAGCUCUCCGAAGACGGGACAUUUUUUUUCUCUCUUUGAAACACUACUGCUUUUUUUUUUCCUCUUAAAAAAAUAAAUAAAAAUCACCCGUUGGAAUCUUUGUAAUUAUUGAAUUGUUAGCAACAAACAUUUGAACAGACAAUAAAAGAGUAUCUGUUGUG